AAUAUAGAUGAAAAAUUUUUUUAGAAAUCAUUUUUACUUUGAGCUUCAAACGAGUUGGACGGUUUUCUUAAAAAAUCGGUAAUUUUGUCUCCGUAAUAAUUAAUCGUGAAAUUAAUUAAUUUUCUAAUUUAAUUUUUUUUGGGAGUUGUCCAUUAUAUAAAAUAAUAUAAUACAAAAUGUGUGACGAAGAAGUUGCUGCUCUCGUUGUUGAUAAUGGAUCUGGUAUGUGCAAAGCUGGUUUUGCUGGAGACGAUGCACCUCGUGCUGUUUUCCCUUCAAUUGUAGGUCGUCCAAGACAUCAAGGUGUCAUGGUCGGUAUGGGUCAAAAGGAUUCAUAUGUUGGUGAUGAAGCUCAAAGCAAAAGAGGUAUUUUAACAUUAAAAUAUCCAAUUGAACAUGGUAUUGUUACAAAUUGGGAUGAUAUGGAAAAAAUUUGGCAUCAUACCUUCUAUAAUGAAUUACGUGUUGCACCCGAAGAACAUCCAGUAUUAUUAACUGAAGCACCAUUAAAUCCUAAAGCUAAUCGUGAAAAAAUGACCCAAAUAAUGUUUGAAACAUUUAAUACACCAGCUAUGUAUGUAGCAAUUCAAGCUGUAUUAUCAUUAUAUGCAUCUGGUCGUACAACUGGUAUUGUAUUAGAUUCUGGAGAUGGUGUAUCACAUACAGUACCAAUAUAUGAAGGUUAUGCAUUACCACAUGCCAUAUUACGUUUAGAUUUGGCUGGCCGUGAUUUAACAGAUUAUUUAAUGAAAAUUUUAACUGAACGUGGUUAUUCAUUUACAACAACAGCUGAACGUGAAAUUGUCCGUGACAUUAAAGAAAAAUUAUGUUAUGUUGCAUUAGAUUUUGAACAAGAAAUGGCAACAGCAGCAUCAUCAUCAUCAUUGGAAAAAUCAUAUGAAUUACCUGAUGGUCAAGUUAUUACAAUUGGUAAUGAAAGAUUCCGUUGUCCAGAAGCAUUAUUCCAACCAUCAUUCUUGGGUAUGGAAGCAUGUGGUAUUCAUGAAACAACAUAUAAUUCAAUUAUGAAAUGUGAUGUUGAUAUUCGUAAAGAUUUAUAUGCUAAUACUGUAUUAUCUGGUGGUACUACAAUGUAUCCAGGUAUUGCUGAUCGUAUGCAAAAAGAAAUUACAUCAUUGGCUCCAUCAACAAUGAAAAUUAAAAUUAUUGCACCACCAGAAAGAAAAUAUUCAGUAUGGAUCGGUGGUUCUAUUUUGGCUUCAUUAUCUACAUUCCAACAGAUGUGGAUCUCUAAACAAGAAUAUGAUGAGUCUGGCCCAUCAAUUGUACAUAGAAAAUGUUUCUAAAUAUUUUCUAUAUAUUAUAAUAAUAAUAAUAUUAAAAUAAUAUUAAAAAAAAUAAAUUUACUAAUUCAUUUUACAUUUAUUAUAAAAAAUAAUACAUUUUUAAAUUAAUAAUUAUAAAUGGAAAUGUCCAACUCUAUUUAUAAAAUUAAUUCAAGCAACAUCAGCAAUACAUCAAAAACAACAACAUCAAUAAAAAGAAAGAAAAAAUCAAGUGUAAAAAACACAAAAUAAAAAAAAGACAUAAGAAAGAAGAAAUUUGUAAAAUUCCAAAACCACAUUCCUUUUUGUAUUUAAAAUAAAUAAAAAAAAAAAACAAAAAUAAUACAGUAUUUGUACUACUAUUAUUGUAACAUUUAUUGGUAUCCUUUUUGAAGUGAAUAAAAACCAACUACACAUAAAAA